CCUUGAUUUGCUCGUUAAAGAUUUUUUCUCAUAAUAAAUAUGGCACACAAGGUGCAUUCAAAAUUUUCAAUGAAACCACAAGCCGCAGAUAAAACAAAAAAAAUCAUCCAGCAGAAAAGCAAGAAACUUUCUAAGUCAUCAGUUUAAAAACUAAUCCUCCUUCAAAAUAAACUACAAUAAACUCCAUAAUGGUUCGAAGAAGGGUAUCGACGAAUUCGGCCAAGCUGGCUUCGAUGAACGCCUAUCAGCAGUUGUGGCAGCAGCAGCAACAGCAAUAUGCCAGGAAUCCCUUGGUCGCCUCAAUGCCGGAAUAUUGGCACUCCGUGUGCAACAAGUUGGGAGGCGCCAUGCCUCGAAUGGCGGCAAUGGCUCCACCGGAGGUCAGCAGCCGGAAAUUGAGUCGUCUGCGUCGUCAGCUGAUGAAAGUGCCCAGAGAAGCAGUUCCGUUGCAGAGCUUCAUACCAAAUUAUGGGCUGCAGCAGCAUCCGCAACUGCAAUUCCAGCAGAUAUAUCGCACCGCGGGAAAUAUACCCUACCUAAGACAAGGCGUUUCCAAGGCAGCCCUGCCACAACCAGGUUGCUUUUUGGCCACGUGUCAAAGCCAAUGCUUAAGGAAUUUACCAGCAACAUCAGCAGCAGCACUAGGUGUUGCACCCACCGCACCGCAGCAACAUCACGGAGCUUUGCAUUUCAAUCAGGGGAAUUUAUUCGAUUACCCGGCAACGGUGAGUGCUAUGCAAUGGCAACAGCAGCAAUAUCAAGUGCAGCAGCAACACAAGCAAUUUCUUAUGCAACAGCAACAGAAAGCAGUGCCUGCCAGUAUUUUGAAGAAGUCGUCAAGAUUUGAAGUUGGUCACAACUUUGGUAGUGAUUUGCAGGCCUCCGAUCCCUUGAAAUCCAAACGAGUGACCAUCAAAGGCACAGCUGCCACACGUUCCAUGUAUCAAGAACCAGUAGUUCAACCAAUCAAGCCCGAGAUUCCACCCAAGCCAAAUAAAAGAAUGAAACAAAAUAUACUGAAGAAAGAACGCCAAAAACUGCAGCAGUUGCAAAUCCAACAUGACCUUCUGAAACAGCAUCAAUCUUUGCAAGAUCAGAAAGAACGGGAAGAGGUGCAACACAAAAAAAAACAACAGCAGCAACAUCUCUUGCAACACCAACAGGAGUUGAGGAAGCAGCAUCUACAUCGGGAAACCCAGCUGCAACUGGAUCAAAGUAAAAGCUUUAAUUUCGGGAAAUUCGCCAACCACUUUAUAGAAGGAUGCAGUUGGGCCUCAGAUACAGAAUCUUCCAUGUACACAGCAGCAAAUGCAGAAAUAAAACCAGCAAAGCAGCAAAAUAUGCCACAGGUUCCUAAGCAAGUUCAGAGUUGUGGGUCUAAGAGCUUUUCCUACGAAGAAACCAGAGAUGAGAUUAAAAAGGAUUUCAUAAAUAAGUUCCAAGCUAACCCAGAAAAGUCGGAGCUUCUCAACCGAGAGGGUAAGACGUCUUCGAAGCGCUUUCUGAAUCGUCAAGCCAGAAGACUGGAUUUAGGAAACGAUAGCAGCACCGUAACCCUAACCAAAGAACAAGAUCAGUCAAAGUCUCAAUAUCAAAGUCGAACCUCGUUGACCGACAAAGCCACAAACACUCUGGAUGAUAUAUUGAAACCUGGACCUAAGCAAGUUCUUUCGUCCACCUCAGCAACUAGUAAGGGAUCGAGAAAAUUAAACAUCAAUGAGCUGUUAAGAAACGAAAAAGUCAAGGGACUAGAGGGCAAUCCCAUGUGGCAUUCACUCAUGCAACUAGUGGCUCACAUGUGCGAGUCCAGGGAAAGUGAAAAGGACGAUAAGGAGCCAAAGAGUCGCUUAAUGGCAGGAUCUGGAUCCGAAGGUUGCCAAAAGCAGUACUCUGUGUACUUGUUGGUUACCUCCGAUGAGGAGGACGAAGAGGGAAAUCCAUCCAAACCAAAAGUUGAGCAUUCGAAAAGUGAACCAAAAUUGGCGAGUGAUAAAGGGAUUCAUGGAGAAGAGUACGCCAAUCGCUGCUGCAAUGUUUAUGAGGCAGAACAUCCCAGGUUAGGUCGCCGGAAACGGUAUCGGAAGCGAUUGAACCCCCGCCUGGUUAAUCUUUCCAUCCCCUACCCUUGCACGCAAUCGCAGCUGCCAAUGAGAAGACCGCUCCACUGGCCCAAGCCCGAUUUCUCCAAGUCCAAAAGUCGUUUGAACCGUACUCGCAACCCAUCUCGAUGUCGUUCCCGCUCCUCAACCAAGUUGACACUGAAGUUGCGAAACCAGAGAUCACUAAGCUCAGCUCUUGACGAGAAACACAGCUGGCGACUGUGGGAGGAUCUGCCGAUGACGGCCAAAGCUCUGAAUAAGGCAUAUAGCCGCAUAAUGCCUCUUCCUGGUGCUAAACGAAUCUGCUCUGAGAUAUAGGACAUCCAAAAAUGAUUUUGUUAACUAACUCUAGACAAGCCAAUUUCAGAUCAUCGACGAAUUCUAAGGCACAGCUUUAUUCCACCAAGAACAUAUUUAUUUGGGGAACAGAGCUGUUCCCAAAAUUUCGUUCUUAGUCUGAGAUUUUUUCCUAUUUCAAAUAAAAGCCUAAACCUUGA